AUGAAGCUCAUAAAUCUUAUUUUUUUCAUCUUAUUCCCAUUAUUCGUCUUUGCAGACGACGACAGCUCAUCUUCAUCAUCCUCAGAAAAGAAAACCACCACCAUGGUUUGGGUUACUGGUACCGAUAGUGCAGGUGUCACCAAAACCACCCAAUCUCCAUUUUACCAAUCCUUCAUGACCACUUAUACCAGUGAAGUUGUAUCGAACGAACCCAAGCUGGGCAAUAUCGGAUUGGGAUCGCUUUCCAACACCGGGAACAUUGGUAAGGUCAGAUCGUACACCAAGGUCACCAUCAGUCAAGCAGGGGCAAGCUCUCUCUUGAAAAAUUCUCAUUUAUUGGCUAACGGCAGUGGCCUCUCUUUUGCAUCCUACGUUGCGGUCUUAUCCGUUGGUUUGGGGUUUUUCUACACUGUAUUCAUCUAG